AUGUGUGAUUUGGUGGCCCGUACGGGUCGGCAUCAGCAACGCUACGAGGCCGGUUGUCGCCUUGUUGCCGGGUGUAUUCCAUUUAGAUACAAAAAUUCUGAUGAGACUGGUGAUGCCAAUUCUGAGAAGAUUAUUGAGGUGCUUAUGAUUAACUCACCUAGUGGACCAGGCCUUUUGUUCCCAAAGGGAGGCUGGGAAAAUGAUGAAACCGUUGAGGAAGCUGCAGUAAGGGAGGCUGUUGAAGAAGCUGGAGUUCGAGGAGAGCUAAUGGAUUUCCUGGGCUUUUAUCAUUUUAAGAGUAAAACACACCAGGAUGAGUUCAGCCCGGAAGGUGUAUGUAGAGCUGCUAUGUUUGCUUUGUUUGUCAAGGAGGAGCUCGAGUCGUGGCCCGAACAGAGCACCCGAAAUAGAACUUGGCUGACUGUAGCGGAGGCCUUUGUCAGUUGCCGGCAUGCAUGGAUGAGAGAGGCCUUGCAGGAUGGCUUCUCAAAGUGGCAUGCAGAAAAGAUGAUUAGUGCAAGGAAUGAUGUAACAUUGAGUUGCUAG